AUAUAAAGGGGCGCGGGAAGGCUCCGCCCCUUUCCGCGCCCCGGAGCCGCCAUGGACACGAGCCGCGUGCAGCCCAUCAAGCUGGCCAGGGUCACCAAGGUGCUGGGCCGGACCGGGUCCCAGGGGCAGUGCACUCAGGUGCGCGUUGAGUUCAUGGACGACACGAGCCGCUCCAUCAUCCGCAACGUGAAGGGCCCGGUGCGAGAGGGAGACGUUCUCACCCUGCUGGAGUCGGAGCGCGAGGCCCGGCGGCUGCGCUGAGCGGGACCGGCCCGAGCGCCUGUCCCGGGGCCGCCCGUCGGGGGAUGGAGCCUGGCGACCGGCCCUGCAUCCUCCGUCGGGAUGGAGCCUCGCGGGUGGGGAGGAGCGUGGUGGUGUUGCCAUUGCAAUAAAGGGGUUUUCCAAUAGUCCCGU